CCUCUCUGGACAUCAAUCGCCAAACAACACUCACCUUUUUCUUUAAUAUUCCUCCUUCAAUGGAACACAGCAAUUGCAACUCAAUCUCCUCCUCCGCCUCCGAAUUACCGGAACCUGAUAUCCAUAUCCUUACCUCCGGCGGCUUCCGAAUCCCCGCUCACUCCAGCAUAUUGGCAAUGGCGUCGCCGGUGCUGGAAAAUAUAAUCGAACAACCACGUAAGCACCGGAGCUCUGAACGAGUCAUUCCGAUUCUCGGAGUUCCAUGCGACGCCGUUUCGGCUUUAGUUGAUUAUCUCUAUUCUUCCAGGUGCAAGGAAGAGGAAAUUGCGAAAUACGGGAUUCAUUUGCUAGUAUUGUCGCACGUUUACUCGGUCCCACAGCUGAAACAGAGAUGCAGCAAGGGAGUUAGUCAACGGUUGACGGCGGAGAACGCGGUGGACGUCCUCCAACUCGCUAGGCUCUGCGACGCUCCCGAUCUUUACAUCAAGUGCAUGAAAUACAUCGCCGCCCAUUUCAAGUCCGUCGAGCAAACCGAAGCUUGGAAUUUCAUGCAGGACCAUGAUCCUUGGCUUGAACUCGAGAUUCUCCAAUUCAUCGAUGAAGAUGAAAAGAGAAAAAGGAGAAUGAGACGGCACAUGAAAGAACAGAACUUGUAUUUACAGCUAAGCGAGGCAAUGGUGUGUUUACAACACAUAUGCACGGAAGGGUGCACAAUUGUGGGGCCGUACGACGUGAAACCGGCAAAGAAACCGAGUCCCUGCAACAAAUACGCGACCUGCCAUGGUGUUCAGCUGUUGAUAAAGCAUUUCGCUUUGUGCAAGACAAGGGUUAAUGGUGGAGGGUGCUCUCGCUGCAAUCGAAUGUGGCAGCUUCUUCGACUCCAUUCUUCCAUUUGUGAUCAGCCAGACUCUUGCAGGGUUCCACUUUGCAGGCAAUUCAAAGUGAAAGCGCAACAACAAAAAAUGGGUGAUGAUGCGAAGUGGAAGCUGCUAGUGAAGAAAGUUUUAUCAGCAAAAGCUAUAUCUUCUAUAGCUUUAGCUACACCCAAGAGAAAGAGAGAAGAUGAGCUGAGGGAAACAAUGGAUACCCAUCAUCAGGUAUUGAAAAACUUUAGAUUUUUUCAGUAGAAAAAAGGAGUUCAAAAAUUCUUUGAUUCACAUAUAUAUAUCCCUAUUGCCUUUUGUAUAUGGAAGUUGUUAUGAGCCUAUCAUAUCAUCAUCUCCUUGGUUUUAGGAGAGGUUUAUGGAGUAAUCUUCUUAUGAUGGGUAGUAUGAGAGGGUUGUAGUGAUGUAAAAAAGUAUUCGCAUUUAAUAUCUAUAUUUUAAUAUAUGUAUUUGAAUUUUAAAUAUAGAAUGGAUAUUAAGUUUAGUUA